UUGGCCACUUCCAGCACCCGUUCCGUAAAUUCUCGAGGAGACGCGCAACAAAAUCUGUCCGCUGCUGGUUUGGCAGGAAUUUUGCCAUCGACGAUUCACUUCAUCGCAGUGGGAGUUUUGCGUAACCUAACGUUUGUCACUGCAGUGUCAGAUUUGGGCAAUCUAUUGCUGAAGUGUUACUAAAGCUGCUCUUUAGGAAGACAAGGUGCCAAGCAGCAAGGAUUGGCAGGUGCUCCUCACCAUGUCCAAGAGCAAGAGCUCAGAGUCAGUCAAGGUGGUGGUCCGUUGCCGUCCUAUGAACGAGAAAGAGCGGGCCGCCAAGUAUGAGAGUGUGGUGUCUGUUGAUGUCAAACUGGGCCAAAUUAUUGUGAGAAACCCAAGGGAGUCCUCGGGCAACGAACUGCCCAAAAUCUUUACAUUUGAUGCUGUUUAUGGUUGGAACUCCAAACAGCUAGAAAUGUAUGAUGAAACCUUCAGGCCCCUGGUUGAGUCUGUUCUUCUGGGAUUUAAUGGGACCAUCUUUGCUUAUGGCCAGACAGGUACAGGGAAGACUUACACUAUGGAAGGGGUGAGAAAUGAUCCAGAGAAGAGAGGGGUGAUCCCAAACUCCUUUGAGCACAUCUUCACACACAUUUCACGUUCACAGAACCAACAGUACCUUGUCAGAGCGUCAUACUUAGAAAUCUACCAGGAGGAGAUCAGAGACUUGCUCUCAAAAGAUCAGUCACGUCGUCUCGAGCUCAGGGAGAGGCCCGACACAGGUGUGUAUGUUAAAGAUCUUUCAUCAUUUGUUACCAAGAGUGUGCGAGAGAUUGAGCAUGUCAUGAAUGUGGGCAACCAGAAUCGAUCAGUUGGAGCCACUAAUAUGAAUGAGCACAGCUCACGCUCUCACGCCAUUUUUGUCAUCACGGUGGAGUGCAGUGAGUUGGGUGUGGAUGGAGAGAACCACAUAAGAGUUGGCAAACUCAACCUGGUGGAUUUAGCUGGCAGUGAAAGGCAAACCAAGACUGGAGCUCAGGGGGAGAGGCUUAAAGAAGCCACAAAGAUAAAUCUGUCACUUUCUGCUCUCGGUAAUGUCAUAUCAGCUCUGGUGGAUGGCAGGAGCAGCCACAUCCCUUACCGAGACUCGAAGUUGACACGUCUGCUACAGGACUCCCUUGGGGGCAAUGCCCGCACUGUCAUGGUUGCCAACAUUGGCCCAGCAUCCUAUAACGUGGAGGAGACCUUAACAACUCUGCGCUAUUCAAACAGGGCAAAAAACAUCAAGAACAAACCACGUAUCAAUGAAGAUCCCAAAGAUGCCCUGCUCAGGGAGUUUCAGGAGGAGAUUGCCAGGCUGAAGGCACAGCUGCAGAAGCGUUCAGGAAAGAAAAAGAGAAGGCGGCUGAGGAGGAGAGCAGGGGAAGGGAGCGAUGAUGAGGGUCUGGAAAGUGGCGAGACAGAGGACGAUGAGGAAGAUGGAGACGACAAGGGGGACUACUGGAGGGAACAGCAGGAGAAGUUGGAAAAGGAGAGAAAAGCAAUCCUGGACGAUCACAGCCUGGUAGCUGAGGAGAAAGCGCGGCUUCUUAAAGAGAAGGAGAAGAAAAUGGAAGACUUGCGGAAGGAGAGGGAGGCCGGAGAGAAGCUUGCAGCCAAAGUUAAGGCGAUGGAGAGUAAGCUCCUAGUAGGGGGGAAGAACAUUGUGGAUCACACCAAUGAGCAGCAAAGAAUGCUGGAGCAAAAGAGGCAGGAGAUUGCUGAACAGAAACGGCGAGAGCGAGAGAUGCAGCAGCAAAUGGAAAGUCGAGAUGAGGAGACGCUGGAGCUUAAGGAGACCUACACGUCUCUGCAACAGGAAGUUGACAUCAAAACCAAGAAGCUGAAAAAGCUGUUUUCCAAGCUGCAGUCAGUGAAGGCAGAAAUCCAAGAUCUCCAAGAGGCACACAUCAAUGAGCGCCAGGAGAUGGAGCAGAUCCAAAACGAACUCACCAGGGACCUCAAACUCAAGCAUCUGAUUAUUGAAAACUUCAUCCCCCUAGAAGAGAAAAACAAAAUAGUCAACAGGGCUUUCUUCGAUGAGGAGCCUGAGGAAUGGAAGAUGAAGCCCAUCACACGUAUUGAGGAUGACCAUCAGAUGAUGAGCAGGCCUCGGUCUGCAGUCGGCUACUGGAGGCCCCUCAGUCACCAUGCUCGCGUGGCCAUGAUGUUGAAGCCUGACAUGAGAUACAAAGCUGAGAACAUCAUAAUGCUGGAUAUGGACAUUCCUGCACGGACCACUAAAGAGUACCAGGAGCCAGUUAUCGCCCCAAAGCUGGCGGCAGCUCUGGAGGAUGCUCUUCGGGAUGAGGAUGAGAUCGAGGUAGAUGCCUCAAGCUUUCACAGCAGCUUGGGACAAAUGCUGCCUGCCAGUGCUAGUGGCAGCCUCAAGAAGCCAAAGUCAGGACGACCAAGAACAGGCAAGAAGUCAAGUACCCCGACUUCUUCAUACAGCCCCUCCAGUCCAGGAUCCCCUCUUUAUCCCCAAUCCCGUGGCCUGGUGCCGAAGUGAUGGUUCCUACUGCUGCUGUCACUGCCUGCCAACCUCUGUUUUGCACCUGUCCACAUUGGGAAUGACCUUUAGAGGAUGGGUAUUAAAAAAAAAAAAAAAAGACUAAUGCUGCUUUUUAGUUUUUAACUACACCACGGUUAACUGAUCUCUUGAAUACAACAAAACGAUAGCA